CCAAAGCUCGGGGCCAACGAGUUCAAGGGCCUGCCCAGGUUGGCCAAGCUCAACGACACCGAGAAGAGGCUCGUCUUCUACCACGACCAGUUGGUCGCUGUCGUCGACUUGCGCGAAGCUAGAAAAAUCGUCCGAUGCGAGCUCGUCGAGACUUACGAAAAAAGCGAGGCCGAGCAAGUUUUGAGAAAUUUAUCUAGGUCGCAUCUGAGGAUACGUACGAUCUCGUUCAAGGAAAUGAUGCUACUGAUGGACAAAUGCGACAGUCUGGACACGCAUUUCAACGAAUCGGCAAUCAUGUCCCACGGUAGCGAGGAAAAGUCCAGCAGAGGCAACACUUGGCGCAUCGGUAUCGUACCGGGCACUAAAUGGUGUGGCACGGGAGAUAUAGCGGAGAACUAUCACGACUUGGGAUGGGCAACAAACAUUGACAGAUGUUGUCGAGCACAUGAUCUCUGCCCCGUGAAAAUUCGUAGCUUUAAAUCGCGUUACAAUCUCAGUAACCUGUCGUUUUACAGCAGAUCUCAUUGUGCUUGCGACGAGACUUUCUACAGGUGUCUCAAGAAAACCAACGACUCGUCGGCUGGGUUCAUUGGUAACAUAUACUUCAACAUUGCGCAACCAAAUUGUAUAGAAGAAGAUGCGGCGGCCAAUGACAACAACAUAAAAAAAUUCGUUCCUCUGAAAAGAGCGUUUUAAUUAUUACACGAGUGCGGGUUUUUCACUUUAUAAUAAUCAUUGUUAUGACUUCAAGUUGAGUUGUGAUAAAAAUGGUGCA